AUGACCGAGGCCGAGGCCAGCGACCCCGCACCGGAGGCUAGCGCGCCUGUGUCGCAUCUGCCAGCGACGAGGGUGCUCACGAUUGAGUAUCCUGGCUAUAUUACGAGCUCCUAUGAUUCGCUGGAGCGUGCCCUUGCGUCGCUGUCGCCUGUGGCUGGGCCACACACCGACACAGCGAGCUCGGCGUACGCCCUGGCCCACUUGACGAGCCUCCUCGAGCGUGGGGGGCGCGUGAUCGAAUGCCGCUUGCCCAGCUGGACUGGGGAGAAAGACGAAUUUGAUCUAUACAGGCAUCCCAUUCUCGGCGAUGUGACGCCCAGCGACAAUCUCGUCAUUCGUGUGCACAGGCAGGUGUGGAAACGUGAGCUGCAUGGGAAAGUUGAGCGGCGCAAGCAGUACCACAUUGAGGUGCUGGGCGCCAGUUCGACGUGCAUUCGGUUCCGGCGGAUGGCUGACUAUGCGUUCCGCCCGGAGGUGCCCGCCCAUGCGACAGAUCAUCCGACGAUGAAACUGCACCGGGCUCUUGAGGAAAUGGACGUAGCCGCUAUGUGCGCGCAUCGCUUCCCGCCCGAGCGGGAAGACUAUUACUCCAACGAGGGUGGUCAGCGUCGCAGUAAUUUGGCCAUGAUACCGCCGCCGUUCUUUAACCGCCAGGAGCUGCCAUUUUAUUAUGGCUACCGCCAGAACCCCACUUCUAGCCUGCAGACAGUUUCGUUUGCCUCUACGAGCAAGCGUAGUCGACGGACUGCCCGCAAAGGCGAUAGUGAUUUGCUACAUGCCGGUCACGAGCAGGCAGAGGUGACCCGGUAUCUGAAUCGCGCGCGGUGGCGAAACAUGGCGCCGAUUGCGGUCAAGUUUGGCGAGGUCGGUCCCGUGCCGUCCGGCCCUGAUGCUAUGCUGGCCCAGAUGGCCCUCACGGACCGCCAAGCCGCCCAGCUGGAACAGCUGAAGAAGUUUUCGGUUGCCGAGGCGCGGGCACUUGUGCAGUACGUGCCAGUGGCUCACGUCAGAACCAAGGAGCUCUUUGCGCUCGUCGCCUACACAUUUGCGGAUGGGCCCUGGCGCGAUGCGCUCGUCCGCUUUGGAUACGAUCCUCGCGAGGACUCGGCCAGCCGAUUGCCACCUGCGGAGCACACCGGACGUACGUGCACGCCACUUACGCAGAUCACGACCGGCUGGUACGCUGCGUCGGCAUGGGAAGCGAUCCGCUCUUCCGUCUCGAAGAGUUUCCAUGCGCUGCUGAACGAGGCGGAGCCCCAGCCAGGGAAGGCGGGCGAUGAAGCUAUAGACAGCAGCAACAGCAGUGGAGAUAGUAGCGAGGAGGAGGACGAAUGA